GGCUUUAGACACAUUCUGUGAUAAACUCCAAUACCAAGAUAUGGAGCAGGCCCACAGAGGCAUAGAACAGCUGAAGAACAACUUCAAUGAGGCUGCGCUUGAUACCGUAUUUGCUCACUGUGAGAACAACCGGCACACAGUGGCCAAAGCCCAGCCCUCAACUUCAUGCGUUAAUGAGGAACCCCCUGGGCCUGGUGCUGGCCUCAGAGGCCAGUCAGCCAACAAGCAGGAAUCUACUCCCUUACUUCCCGAGCAGCAGCAGGAACUGCAUAACAGAGUCCAUAGCCGGGUCUACCCUGGACAGAAACCAGGCCCGGAGCGGGACUCUGAGCCAGAAGGAUCGCCCAACCAAAGUCCAGGGGCCCAGAAGACUGGGGAGAGCUUUUGUAAAGAGGUACUGAGUUUGUUCCAAGAGAUGCUAAGUCAACUGCAGAAGAUGUGGCAGGACGUGCUGGCUUGCGUGCAGAUGUGCGCCUCCCUUGUCAACAUGGUGAAGUUCAUCCUGAGUCAGAUUAUGAAUUUCUGCUCCAUUGCGGCACAGUCCUUCUCAAGUUUAUUCCUGGUCCAAGGAGUCGCAUGAGGGCCUGGAGGAGCUCAGUCACACCUCCCAGCCCUUGGGUUCCCCGCCCCCCCCUUCUCAGAAAGAAUCUUCUAGAGUAACAUUUGCUUUCCUGCUCACCCUUGACCCAUCCUCAACAACCUCCCUCACUUCCACCCUGUUCACAGCCUCUCCAUCUAGCUUGCCUGGGUUUCCUUCUCUUGCUACAGCAUUUUAAUAAACGUUGGUUCGCCUGGGGAGGGGGCAGGAGUGGGUGGAGGAGGUCAAUGGGG